AUGUCCAUGGAGGACCCCUUCUUUGUGGUGAAAGGAGAGGUACAAAAAGCAGUCAACACUGCCCAAGGACUGUUUCAGAGAUGGACAGAACUCCUCCAGGACCCCUCCGCAGCAACAAGGGAAGAAAUCGACUGGACCACCAACGAACUGAGAAACAACCUCCGGAGCAUAGAGUGGGAUCUAGAGGACCUGGAUGAAACUAUCAGCAUAGUUGAAGCAAAUCCUAGAAAAUUCAACCUCGAUGCAACUGAAUUGAGUAUAAGAAAAGCCUUCAUUACAACUACCCGGCAAGUUGUCAGGGAUUUCAGGGAUGAAAUAUCAGAGUCAGAUUUUCAAGGAAUAGCAGGGAAAAAGAAUCCACAGGCCCUGCUAGGAGAAAGUGGUGGCCAGAACUGGAACACUGGAACAGAUAAAUACGGGCGCCUGGAUCGAGAGCUGCAGUUAGCCAAUUCCCACUUCAUUGAGGAGCAGCAAGCACAGCAACAGUUGAUUGUGGAACAGCAGGAUGAGCAGUUGGAGCUGGUCUCUGGCAGCAUCGGGGUGCUGAAGAACAUGUCCCAGCGCAUUGGAGGGGAGCUGGAGGAACAGGCAGUGUGA